AUGGAAGUUCGCCCUGUGGAGGUCGCAGAGUUUCGCCUGACAGAGGAGCUCAUCCGAGAGGCCUUCUGGAAUCAUUUCGAGCCGGGUGCCGACGAGCACUUCAUCGCCCACAGCCUGCGGAAGAGCGAGGACUACGUGCCUGAGCUGGACCUCGUGGCCGUGUCGGAUGGAAAGCUGGUGGGCAGCAUCGUGCAUUCCAAAUCGAAGAUUGAGACCACAGAUGGCCGCAGCUUGAGAGAUGUGGUAUCCUUUGGUCCCUUGGGCGUUUUGCCAGAGUAUCGCAACCGCGGCAUUGCUGCCAAGUUGGUGCGGGAAUCCUUGCGCCUUGCGAAGGACAUGGGUUUCCGGGCGGUGAUCAUCAUGGGCGAUCCACGGCUUUACGGGCGCCUGGGCUUCCGCUGUGGAGAGAAAUAUGACUUGACCAAUGCGGAGGGCCAAUUCCAUGUGGGAUUGAUGGCAUAUCCGCUUUACGAAGGAGCCCUAGACGGAGCCGCAGGAGCUUUCUCUGAAUCUGAAGCUUUUGGAGUUUCGGCAGAUGCCUUGGCGGAGUUUGAUGCAUCCUUUCCAGCCAGGGAGAAAGGCGAAUCCGCCUUCCAAAGCGAGUUUGCAGUGCUUGUGUCGCUCAGCUACGCGAAGGAUCCCAAGUACACCAGCUAA